CCUGAUGCGCAGAAAGAAACUGGUUUCAUGCCUGAAGAGAAGAUUUAUCCAAGCAUACCCUGAUGGAGGGGAAGAGGAAGUUAGUCAUCCAAACCAGGAAACCACAGAACAUGUCAUGAGAAACACCUUAGUUAGUGAGAUGGCUGAAAGUGCAUCUAGUGAAAACACUGAGCCAAAGUCCCUGAUCAAAAUAAAUGUUCCAUCUGACAUCUUUAAAAAAAGAGGGGAAGAAAAAAUCAGAACGGUGUUGACUACUGGAGAACCUGACAUUGGAAAAACCUUUCAUGUACAAAAGUUUGUGACAGCUUGGGCCAAAAAUGAAACUCGGAGCUCAUUCUUCACCUGGAAUGAAGGUCAAGGAUCACCCUUACUGGGAAAAGCUGGAGAUAAUGUAGAAGUUAUUUUUCCACUUGAUUUGUCGAAACUAGACUUAAUCAAAGGGAAACCCAUAAGUUUAGUAGAACUUCUAAAUUAUUUCUUCAUGGAAAUCAAAGAGUUUGUCGUGUCCGACUAUGCACUGUUCAAGCUUGUGUUUGUCCUGGAUGGACUGAAUGCAUGUCAACAUCUUCUGCACUUUGACAACAAUGAGACUGUGACUGAUAUCAGAGAACAGGCCUCAGUGGACGCGAUUAUAACAAACCUCAUUAAAGGAAACCUGCUUCCUCAGGCACAAGUCUGGAUAACCUCCCAACCAUCUGCUGCUGAGCAGCUCCCUGAUGUCUUUAUUGACAGAAAGACAGAAAUUCGAGAGAAACCUGAAUUUGCAAGUCAACGGAAACUCAAAUGCCAACUUAAGGAACAUCUUACCUUUGUGUCAGAAGGGAUUGAUAAGGGAAAAACCUCUGCUCUACUUAAGGAUAUCUACACAGACCUUUACAUUAUAGAGGGGGACAGAGGAGAAAUCAAUGUUCAGCAUGAGUGCAGACAGGUUCAAGAUGCAAAGUUUAAACACGAGCAAGAAGAAACACCAAUCAGAUAUUGUGACAUCUUUAAACCAUCACCUCUUAAUACAGACAUUAAAACGGUGGUAACUAUUGGAAUGGCAGGCAUAGGAAAAACAUUUGCAUCAAUGAAGUACAUGCUGGACUGGACAGAAGGAACAGUGUCUAAAAACAUUUUUUUCACUUUUCCACUUCCAUUUAGAGAGCUGAAUCUUAGAAAAGAGGAGGAGCGCAGUUUAGAGGAUCUGAUUCAUGAGUUUUUUCCAGGCAUGAAGACCUCUGAAAUAACUGACUAUGAUAAAUAUGAGAUUCUCAUUGUUUUGGACGGUCUUGAUGAGUGUCAGCUUGAACUUGAUUUCAGUGAAAGCCAUCAAUGGACAGACGUUAGAAAGCCAGCUCCCGUGAGUGUUUUGAUGUCAAAUCUCCUCCUGGGGAAUCUCCUCCCAAAUGCCCAAAUAUGGAUUACCUCUCGACCUGCAGCAUCCAACAACAUUCCGACUGAAAAAAUUGAUCGAAUGACAGAAGUGAGAGGAUUUAACGAUGUACAAAAAGAGGAGUAUUUCCGGAAACGCUUCACUAACAGAGAGAAGGCUGAAAAAAUCCUGAAACACGUGAAGCAGUCUAGGAGUCUCUAUAUAAUGUGUCACAUACCUGUUUUCUGCUGGAUAGUCUCAAAGGUACUGGAGGAUAUUGUUCACCAAAAUCAGGACGAUGGGCUGCCCAAGACUCUGACUGAUAUCUUCACAUAUUUCCUUUUACUCCAAUGCAGACAAGCUAAUGCUAAGUAUAGUGAACAUGAAGAUAGUGAAAGUAAAAGUACAGAAUCACACCCCUGUUGGAAUACCAGAAAUAAACAAACAGUCCUCUCUUUGGGCAAACUGGCCUUUGAGGCAAUAGAAAAAGGAGAACUUCUCUUCAAUGAAGAAAAUCUUACAGACCGUGGUAUUGACAUCAUAGAAGCUGCAGUUUUCUCUGGGCUGUUUACUCAGGUUAAAAGAGAAGAUCAUGGCCUGUACCAGCAAAAUAUGUUUUGCUUUGUCCAUCUCAGCAUUCAGGAGUACCUGGCAGCACUCUAUGUCUUUCACACAUUCAAUACAAAAGGAAAAAAUCUGUUCACUAAAACCACUUCCAGGUCAUCACCCAAGCCUACAGUAGAGUUCUAUAAGAAAGCAGUGGACAAGGCGUUGGAGAGUAAAAAUGGGGACUGGGAUCUGUUUCUCCGUUUCCUGCUUGGACUCUCUAUGGAGGCUAAUCAAGUUCUACUGCAAGAGCUGCUGAGGAAAAAUGAAAAUGAUGAAGAUACUUACACAGAAACAGUGGAGUACAUCAAACAGAAGAUAAGAGAAGACAUCCAGGACCCUGAAAAAAACCUUAAUCUUUUUCACUGUCUCAAUGAGUUGAAUGACACCUCCCUUGUUCAAGAAAUUAAGACAUUCUUACAAUCAGAUACAAAAAAAUUUGAAAAUUUCACUGCCUCUCAGUGGUCAGCUUUGACCUAUGUGCUGCUGACAUCAGAUGAGAACCUUGAUCUAUUUGAUCUCAAGAAAUACCUGAAAUCUGAGAAAGUUCUUCUGGGAAUGAUGCCGGUGGUCAAAGUCUCUCGAACUACUUUACUGAGCUGGUGUGAGCUAUCGGAAGAAUCUUGCAGAGGUUUGAAAUCUUCAGUGCUCACUUCUGCAUCGUCAAAUCUCACAGAACUGGACCUAAGUCAUAACGAUCUGCCGGAUUCAGGAGUAGAGCUUCUUGCAGAAGGACUAAAGAGUUUACACUGUAAAGUGGAGCUUCUUAAUUUAGCAGGUUGCCAGGUGACUGAGAAAGGCUGUGAUUCCCUUGCAUCAGCACUUAAAUCUAAUAAAGUCUCCAAACUAAAAAAGCUUGAUUUGAGUUACAAUCACUCUGGAGACAAUGGACUGAGUGUGCUCAACGCUAUUGCUGAUGACCCAGCUCACAACCUAGAGACGCCGUGUUUUGACCAUAAUGGACCACAUCGGUUAAAGCCUGGGAUGAAGAAAUAUGCUGUGGAUCUCACUCUUGAUGGAAAAACAUCUAGCAGACGGCUGGUUCUCUCUGAAAAUAAUAGAGAGGCAAAAACUGAAUUUAUUCCGCAAAAAUUUAACACACGUCAAGAAAAUGAAAAAUACAGAUUUAAGAGGACCCAGGUAUUUUGUGAGGAGAGCCUAAAAGGCAUCUGCUACUGGGAGGUGGAAUGGAAAGGCGUGGUUGGGAUUGCAGUGGCGUAUAACAUUGUGGGUAGAAAUUAUGACAGUGGUGGUGGACUUGGAAGCAAUGACUGGUCCUGGAGUUUACUAUGUUCCAAGACCAAAUGCACUGCCUUUCAUGGGAAGGAUUCGGUUACAGUUAAGAUUAAGCCAUGCCCCAAAAUAGCCGUAUUGCUGGACUGGAAGGGGGGCACUCUUAGUUAUUUCAAUGUGUCAUCUGGAGAGCUGAGUCUGAUUCAUACCUUUUAUGCCAAUUUUGAAGAGGAGCUUUUUCCAGGCUUCUGGUUUCAGAAAGGCUCCAUAACUUUGUGUCGUGUAUAAAUUUUUUUUUUUAAUGAAUGCCAGCUGUUAUAAGCAACUAUACUGAACAGGCAAAACAUUGUAUUAUAAACAAGAAGCAUGAUUAGCAAAAGUCAAACUAAGACUUUUUUUCUCAAUGUUUGUAAAUUGAUGAUUUAUUAAAUAUUUUUCAAAUACAUAAAUAGAGAGACCUUGUUGAAACAUAAUAGUUGUAAAAAUAGAGAUACUUUGUGACAUUGCAUAAAAGAUUUACUUUAACUUUUGGUUCAAUUUGAACACAAGUAAUUUACAUAGAAGCUGUAAAAUUACAACAUC